AUGAAACGGCUGAGAGAUAGCACCAGAAUAUUUCACAGUGAGCAUGCGAUCCACAAGGUAUUAUCGAUCGAGCAACUAAACGCCCAUGUACUACAUUCCGUCAGCGGAGAAGUGGUUGGUGGGAACUACACGUAUUACAGCUUGAUGUACAAAGGCCCCAUCACAUUAUAUUUGUACUCAAGCUUUGGUGAUGCAGAUCUCUAUGUGUCCCAAUUUGUGAAUAAACCAUCAUUUGAACCAGAUAAUUACUGUUUACAAUCUUCCACUUGUGGGCUGGAUGUUGUUCACAUACCAAAAAGCUUCAAAAGACCAGUUGGUAUAGCUGUUUACGGACAUCCGUCGUACGAAGUUAGCGAGUAUUACUUAGAAGUAGUUUACAGGCAAAACAAGGAUAUUUACGUUUUUGAAGAGGACGAGGAAGAUCAAGAAGGAUAUUUUGGACAGGAACAGAAAAUAGAUAGAGAAGAAGGUGAUCAAAUCACAGAAGAGGGAGAGCAGAAAGAAGAGGAGGAGGCAGGAAGUUUUCUAACUGCGCUUUUGUGGACAUUCCUUAACAUACUGGUAGAAGUCUUGUUUUUAUGA